UGGUCAUACAGUGAAGGCACUUCAUUGCUAUUUUCAAACGUCGUCGAAAACAAGCAUAGAAAAGUAAUUGUUUUUUUUUUCUUUUCUUUUCUGUUGUUCGUGCUGCUGAAAGAAAAAUUUCUGAGCUGAGAUAGCGUCUUGGGUUUCAUUUAUAACAAUUCCACCUUUCACAAUUCAAUUGAGAACUGCGCUUUUGCUUUUAAAUGACUAAGUAUUGAGGUUCGUACCUUGCAAAUGUCUAUGACUCCCUCUUUAAAUGUCAAUAGGAAGGUAUUAGGGCGGUACAAAUUUCAUUCUAUCGACAUUUAUAGUACUUCAAAGUUUUCUUUCUAAUUUAGAAAACUUAAGUAUCUCCAGCAUUGAGAGGUAUUUUAAAAUUUCGUUCUUGGGCUGAAAAUAUAAUUCUCCUAAGUAUCAGUCGGGUUUCCCUAAACGCUCAAUAUCACAAGUCUAGGAGGUUUUGAUAUUCUAGUUUUAUAUUUAGUCUAUUUCUUCAAUCAUUGAGCUCUGUUAUUUUAAACUGUUUUGCUGACAUUGAGGUUCUUUUCCAGAAAGACUUAUUGGAAGGAUUUGAUUAAUGGUAUUUCAUAUUUUAUGAAGAUUUGUUUGCAUCUAAAAUAGCUAAAGAAUCACUUGGUAUCUCAUACUAUAUAAUUACAAAUCCAGGAAACAAAAGGAAAGAUGCGCAUGGACGAGUUCUAUAGUCGCGUGUAUGACACAGUGUGUGAGAUACCUUAUGGGCGAGUUUGUACAUAUAGUCAAAUUGCCAAAUCCAUUGAAGCACCAACAUAUUCUCGACAUGUAGGACAGGCUUUGAAAUCCUUGCAUCCUGAAUCCCACGUCCCAUGGCAUCGUGUAAUCAACAGCCGUGGAUGCAUUUCCAAACGCGAUCGGCCUAGCGGUGAACGAAACCAGAAGGAUCGUCUUGAAGAAGAAGGAGUUGAAGUUUGGCAAACCAGUAUGGGUGAAUACAAGGUUAGUUUAAAAGAUUAUUUUUGGCAACCAGUGGCCCCUCUACCAUCUUUCAAUGAUGCCUAAUCAUCACUUCCAAAGGACAAGAAUAUAUAGAUUCGGCCAAAUUCUUUUAUUGUCCAUGUGCCCUCGCUUACUUUACUUUAUUCUAUUCCAUUUUACAUGUAUACAGUUAGGAUCCUUAAAAACAUGGGUUCAUUCUUCUUUAGCAAAUAUUUAAUAUAACAUAAUAGUACACAACAUC